AUGGCAUCAACCUACCCCCGCCCCGACUUCCAACGCAAAACCCUAACCUGGGCCUCCCUCGACGGCCCAUGGUCCUUCAUCUUCGACGACAAAGACACAGGUCUAUCCCAGCAAUGGCAGAAAACAGGCCUGCCCGAGCAAUCCCCAGCCUCGCCAGCACUAACAGACUCGACCAAGACAAACUCAAAACGAGAAAUAAAAGUCCCCUACGCCUUCCAAACCCUCGCCUCAGGAAUAAACCUCCGCGAAGCCCACGAGGUCCUCUGGUACGAGCGCACAAUAACCGACAUCCGCUCCACCGCCGACCUAGCAAAGGGCAAUAGAUUACUCCUCCGCUUCGGCGCCGUAGACUACGACUGCUCUGUCUGGGUCGAUGGGUGCUACAUCGGCGGGCAUCGCGGCGGCCACGUCCCCUUUGACCUGGACAUUUCCGACGCCGUAUCGUCGACGAGUGCCAGUGCCAGUGCCAGUGCACGAUUGACCCUUCGCGUACGGGAUAGUCCGUACGACCUGGCUCAGCCGCGCGGGAAACAAUUCUGGGGCCCCGUGCCAGAGAACAUCUUUUACACGCCGACUGGUGGGAUUUGGCAGAGUGUUUGGUUGGAGAGUGUGCCUUUUAUGCGGAUUGGAGGUGGGAGUGCGGGGACUGUGUUGAGGAGCGAUGAUAUUGAGGGUGGAGUUCUUCGUGCGCAAGUCGCUGUUCUGGGACGUGCGGCGCGCGCGGAGUGUAGUGUUGAGAUUGAGGCUAGUCUUGGUGGACGGGUUGUUGGGGGUGGGAAGGGAAAGGUUAGGGGGUCUCUUAAGGAGAGGGAUUGGGUUGGGCUGGAUGUUUGUAUGAAGGUUUUGAGUUCGGAUGUCUCGCUUCUGGAGAAGGACGCGCCGUUCAAUGUGGAGGGGUGUUGGCAUGAUGGUGUGGCGUUGUGGUCUCCUGAGCAUCCGAUUUUAUACGACUUGACUUUGCGGCUGUAUGAUGCGGCUGGGAAGGUCGUUGAUGAAGUGGCGACGACGACAGGAAUGCGCAGUCUCUCGUGGCAGAAUGGUGAUGGGACGUUCCGACUGAAUGGCAAGCCUUAUUUCCAAAUGCUCUUUCUGGACCAGGGGUACUGGCCCGAGACAGGUCUUACGCCGCCCUCGUCCGAGGCUCUUCGCCUCGACAUCCAGAUGGCGAAGGAUCUGGGAUUCAACGGGUGCCGCAAACAUCAGAAAGUCGAGGACCCGCGCUUCCAUUACUGGGCUGAUCGGCUGGGCUUCGUUGUCUGGGGCGAAAUGGCCAACGCGUACGAGUUUGGGCCGGAUUAUAUUGAGCGCAUGAAUGGGGAGUGGACUGAGGCUGUGAAGAGGGAUAUCAAUCACCCGUGCAUUGUGACAUGGACGCCGAACAAUGAGAGUUGGGCCUAUACAUCGUUGAAAGACGAUAUCGAGCAGCGGAAUCAUAUCCGCUCACUGUAUUACUUGACCAAGACUCUGGACCCAAGUCGGCCUAUUAAUGAUAAUUGCGGCUGGGAACAUGUCCUCACCGAUCUGACAACUUACCACGAUUACAGCGACUCGGCUGAAUUAUCGGAAACCUGCUCGAAAAUGGAGGGCGGGAUUCUUGCCCCGAAGGCUGGUCAUGAUAUGUUCUCGAGACCUAUCUACUCCGGCUUCGCGGGACAUACACUCCUCGACCCCGGUGCCGCGCACAAGGCCGGUGCGCCGGUUAUCUGUACCGAGUUCGGGGGCGUGAAUAUCGCGCCGGGGAAAGGUGACCAGGCGGGCGAGCGUGAUUGGGGAUAUACGACCGCGACGGAUAUUGAGGAUUUCCUGAAGCGGUAUGAGAGGCUUGUCAUGGCAAUUGUUAAGGGGGGCCAUACUUGUGGACUCGUUUAUACGCAGUUGUGCGACAUCGAACAAGAAGUGAACGGCCUUUACACCUACGACCGCAAAGAAAAAGUACCCGUCGCGAGUCUCAAAGCUAUCAUGGACGCUGCGAAGGAUUAUUACUACGAGCAUGUCCAGGCCCAUGGACCGAGGGGGAUCAAGAAGCUUUUGCAUUCGUUACACCGGGCCUAG